AUGUUGCGGAAUUCCAGCAAAUUAGACAACGCCACCCUGUCCGUGUUUCUGAAUGUAAACGGCAGCAUCGCCAUGUCUGUCGUUUACGUAAUAGUUACUGCCAUUAACAUAGUAGGAAAUGGUCUUUCCCUGUGGCUCCUCCUCUUCCGGACAUCUCCUAAGACUCCAUCCAUCAUCUUCAUGAUUAAUCUCACCUUCACUGACUUGGCCAUCGGCACUGCCCUCCCCUUCCAGAUCGCGUACCAGCUCCUUGGAUACCAUUGGGUUCUGGGACCAAACAUGUGCAGUGUUAUGACCCUUGUCUUCUACACCAAUAUGUAUUGUUCCAUCCUCACCAUGAUGGCCAUUGGUAUUGACCGCUACCUGGGCAUCGUCAAGCCCAUGUGGUUCCGAGAGACCAGGGAGAAGAAGUCCAUCGCUGUCAUCAGCUGCCUUCUCAUGUGGGGUUUGGUCCUGUGCGUUCUGUACCCGCUGAUGACCACAGACCUGACCUUUGACAUUCCUGAACUGGGGAUUACCACAUGCUUUGACGUGCUGAAGAAAGACAUGCUCCCAAACAAGUUGGCCUGGGCGGCCUUUGUCUUCGGCAUGGUGUUUGUCCUCUUCCUCUUCCCUUUCUGUGUCACGAUAUUCUGUUAUGUCAAUGUCAUACGUAAACUGGCCAAGGAUUCCAAGAAUGCCCAGAAAGCUAAAGCGAUACGUCUGGCCUUCAUUGUUCUCCUGGUUUUCACCCUCUGUUUUGCUCCCAACAACAUCCUCCUCUUUACUCACACUGUGCUAAAACUCUUCCAUGGGAAGUCUCUCUACAUGGCCUACAAAAUCUCUCUCUGUUGUAGUUGUUUGAAUAGCUGCCUUGAUCCGUUUAUUUACUACUUUGCUUCUAAGGAAUUCAGACAGAAGUUGAGGCAGAUAAUGAAUCUGCACAGCCUGAGUAGUGCAGAUUCAAUAAGGAUGGAGUGUAAAGAGACCCUGUACUCUGCAAACUAA